UCCCCUCUAGGGGUCUCCGGCAGCUCCUGGCCCCGGUGUGGUCAACAACCUCACCAGCCGGGGCUGUAGCAGCCUUAAUAGCGGCUGUGUUACCAUCAUCAAGCUUCUUACCAUCAUCACAACCUUCGAGCUGCUGGGAACGUGGGGGCGGGUUAAAGGGAGGAGGAGGAGGAGGAGCCGCCACUUUACCGCUGCUGCUGCUGUUGCCGGCGCCGUUGGGGCUGCGGGCAAAAGGAGGCGGUAGCGAAGUGGGGGCUUCCUAGUCUGGUAGCUGAGGCUGUUGGUAGUGUGAAGAGAAACGUUAACUUGAGCUCCUCCUCUUCUCCCUCCUUCACCACUUCCUUCUGCUUCUCGCUGCUCCUCCUUCUCCUCCUCUCCUAGCUGCAGAGGCUUCUGCCCCCCUCCCCCUCCUGUUCCACCACCGCUGCCAGAAGCCCCCACCAUCACCGACGCCACCGUCGACGCCACCACCACCGAGCAUCAUCGCUUCCCAUUCCCCAUCCCUUCACUCCCACCCCCUGCUUUUUCUCCUCCUUGGGAGUGCUUCGGUGCGGGGCUGGCGACGGCCACGGCCUCACGGGCAGGAGCUAAGGGCAAUGGUCGUGGGUCCCUGGACGCACCGCGCUCGGCUCCAUGAAGCGGAAGAACGAGAGGCGAUCAUCGAGCUGGCUCAAGGUGUCCAAUACCAAGAGCUCACUGGACUUACUGGGAGCCAAGAAGAGCAGGAACUCGACUUCACAGGACCUGGUGGAGCUGGAACUAGAGCAGGAGGACGUUUACUUGGAUAUCACCGAUCGCCUUUGUUUUGCCAUUCUUUACCAGAAACCAAAGAGUGCUGCAAACAUACACUAUUUCUGCAUAGAUGACGAAUUUGAAUAUGAGAACUUCUUCGCAGAUUUUGGACCACUCAAUCUGGCAAUGGUUUACAGAUAUUGUUGCAAGAUAAAUAAGAAAUUGAAGUCCCUUACAUUGAUAAGGAAGAAAAUAAUUCAUUUUACGGGUGCUGAUCAAAGAAAACAAGCAAAUGCAGCUUUCCUCAUGGGGUGUUUCAUAAUAAUAUAUUUGGAGAAAUCUCCUGAAGAUACCUACAGGAUGCUGUUGGUUGGAAACAUAUCCUAUGUUCCUUUCAGGGAUGCUUCCUAUGGUAAUUGCACUUUCUACUUAACACUACUCGACUGUUUUCAGGCAGUUCAUAAGGCAAUCCGUUAUGGCUUCCUUAAUUUUGAAAAAUUCGACCUUGUUGAAUACGAGCAUUAUGAAAAAGCAGAAAAUGGAGAUUUAAACUGGAUAAUACCAGGCCGAUUUAUUGCCUUCUGUGGCCCUCACCCAAGAAACCGACUUGAAAGUGGUUACCACUAUCAUACACCAGAAGCCUAUGUUCCUUAUUUUAAAAGGCACAAUGUUACAACCAUUAUUAGACUCAACAAAAAGGCAUAUGAUGCUAGGAGAUUUACAGAUGCCGGUUUUGACCAUCAUGAACUUUUUUUUGCUGAUGGCAGUAUACCUAGUGAUGCCAUAGUCAAAGAAUUUCUGAAUAUCUGUGAAAAUGCCGAAGGUGUUGUAGCAGUUCAUUGCAAAGCUGGUCUUGGAAGGACAGGCACCCUUAUAGCCUGCUAUAUCAUAAAGCAUUAUAGGAUGACAGUUCCUGAAACCAUUGCCUGGAUCCGAAUCUGUAGACCUGGCUCUGUGAUUGGACCUCAGCAACAUUUUUUGGUGUCGAAGCAGGCGAGCCUUUGGACCGAAGGAGACUAUUAUCGCAAGAAGUUAAGGGACCAGGAAAAUGGAAGACACGCAGCUGCAGUCACGAAAAUCCUAACAGGGGUUGAUGACAUUUCAAUAUGUGAGAUCCAGUCGGAAGAAACGAAAGAUUCUGAAUCGUACAGUGAUGAUGAUGAUGAUGAUGAUGAUGAAAUAAACAGAAUGACUCAAGGUGAUAAGCUACUUGCCCUGAAAAGUAGAAGACGGGCAAAACCAGCAACUUCUAUUCCUCUAACAUGUAUCCUAGCUGUGCUGACCUCUGCACUAUGUAGUAUUGUCAUCUGGUGGAUUGUUUGUGACUGCAUUCUUCCCAUCCUGCUAUUCUGUCUAGAUGGUUUAAGAACCUAGUAACCAUCAGGACCCUUUGACAGAUAGCCACUGUUAGCCACUCCAUUCCAAGGACUAGAACAGUCUUGCGUUAAGGAAAAAAAAUGUGGCCAGAACUGAAGGAAUCCUCUAGGAAAAGGAAAACAACAGGACCUAACACAGUUUCUUUGAAAGACCAAACAAAAAGAAAAAAAAAUUUUUUUUAAUUGCCUCCAACUAAAACACUUGGUCAUUGAAGAAAAUGUACACAAAGAGUUUAAUUAGUUGAAUUUAUUCAUACUGUUGAGUCUUGAGGUCAGUAAUUUGAUAAAGAACUCAAAAUCUCUAUGUGAAGAAAUGUUUGAAGUUUGGCAAGCAAACAAAAAUAAUCUAUUGUAAAUUUAGUCUCAGGUGUAAAUAUGAAGCCUUCCGUUAUUAAGAAGACUCAAGAUUCUGUUUGGUGCAUGUGUAUAAAUUGUGAUGGCAAUCAUUUUUAGCUCUUGGCCUCCAAAGGAAUGGAGAAUCUGAGGCGGGCUUCUGUAUAUUUAUUUUGUUUGUCCUUACUAUGUUGUAUUAAGAUGGAAGAGGAAACUGCUUUAUGGAAAGAGUACUUUUUUAAUUUGUUGUAAUUUUAUUAUUUCAUGUUAAUUAGCCAAGUACACCAAAUUGCUUGCUUUCCACCAAAAAGUGUUGUAACUGGUAACCUUUCGUAAACACUGUUAAGUGUUUUGGUACAAAGUGGAUCUUUCAGAAAAUAUUUGAAAACUAGUGAAAGAAAAUGAAUAUGACUUUAGAAAGCCAAGAGAGAGAACUGGUUUCAAAUAGUACAAAUGCUGCAUAAUUUCAUUUCUCAUCCUUUUUAAAACCAUUUAAUAAGUCAAUAGCAUCCUGUGACUCGUCACUGUUUUGUUGCCCAGUAACAUGAGCAGAAAGCCUUUCUUUUUAAAAAAGAAUACUGUGACUUCUUUCCCUUAUAAAACAAAAAUUCCAAGGAAUUUUAACUUUUUUCUUAAGGUACCACUUUAAUUGAAUUCUGCUAUUGCUUUUCCCCCCAUGUCUUCUCUGAUCUCCUUCGAUUCAAACUCUAAUGGUUUGCAUCUAUGGAUUUUGGUUAUUGUUAAAUAUGAGAUCUCACUUAUUGCCUUUAUUUAGGGUAUACAAAAAUGUAACUCUUUCUAUAGUGCCUUGUUCAAUCCAACGAAGCAGAGUAGAUUCUGUCAAUAUUAGAUAAUUAUUACCGAAAUUUAAUUUAAAACUUAAGAUGUAUCUUAUUACCUAUAAAUAAAGGGGGCCUAAUGGUAGUAAAGAAUAUUUUGAAUAUCUUGAGUUCACAUAUUUCUUUUUUCAUAUGCACAUGAAUGAGUGAAUGAAUGAUUGUUACUUUACUUAGACCAGUUUCGGGCAAUCCAGUUUGAAAAGUUGGACCAUUGAAAUCUUAACAGAAAAUGGAUACUUUUAUAAUAUAAUACAAAUGCAUUAAAUAAAUGUCAGCCAUGUUUAUUUUUAUACCUAAUUUAUUUUUAAGAGCUGUUGCUAAAAGGAAAAAAAGAGGCCCUACCUGGGCUGAAGGAUGAUUGUAAUUAAAAGCCUGUAAAUGCAAAAAAUAUAAUAAUAAAUAACAACUUUAAAGCAAUGGUUCUAUUUGGGGGGCAAGGGGCACUUCUCUCGGAUAUAGGUUCUUGCAAUUUAGCACAAAAUACUUCUCACCAUCCUUGAGACUAAUGAUUUGAGGGUGGAACUAGUGGCAAUAGCUCCUAGGACAUUGGCUAGUAAGUUAAUUGGCCCAGAGGCAAAAUCAUUUCCCCACUGGCUACUUCGUCAUCUGCUCCAGAGCCUGUGGGGGGAACAAAAAGGAAAGAGAAAAUAAAUCAUCGUUAUAAAAAGUGAAUAUAAUGUUAAGCUCCCUCUACUCAGGUCUGUUUUCUUACUUUCGUUUCUCUAAAGACUCUCCUCUAUUAAUAACCAGGGAUAAAAGCAAAAUCAAACCACUUGUAAUUUCUUUCUUAAACGUAUUGGUUGGUCUUUUAAAACAAAAUGGGAAAACCUCCGCUCUCCCUCUCCCCAAACUGAACAACUUGUCUCCAAGACCGAGUCCUUUUCUGACUCGUAAUAAAAGAUCUUGGCUGCAGCGUUUCCACCCUCAGCAUUUGAGCCUUCAAAUGGGCAUCCCAUAGCAAGUCCUCAGCUCGGCCUUUCUUGAAUUUUAGCUGCUUUAAAUGUCAGCAAGGACUUUUCUCCUCCUCUUUUAAUGCUCAUUUGCUCCAUCCAUACCAGAAUUCGUCCUUGGAGGUCUCAGUUUGGUUAAAAAGCUUGUCUUUGUCGGCUGCCCCGAUGCCUUGAGCUGGUACGUGCCAAACAAAGCAGCCGACAGAGCAUGUGUUUGAGGGGGAAUGUGGAGGGAUUAAGAGGCAUCUGGAAAGACUCCUGUUGGCACAAGUCAGUUUUUGUAGUUUUGCUCUGCUCUGUUUUUGCUUCUUGAUCUCCAAAAACAUAAUAUAACCAAACUGGUCUUCCAAGCUUUCUCCCUUUAAGCCCAUUUUGUAGAAGCACUACUUCAACGUAUAGUAUAUGUCAGAUGAAGAGGAGGUGGAUAGAAAACUAGCCUUAGAAAUAGUAAGCUCUGGAUUCAAGUCCAAUCUGUAACCACAUACUUGCCGGGGGCAAGUUACCUCUCAGUGCCUCUUGGCAUCUUAUAUAAAGAACCUGAGUGGAUUAAAAAAUUAAAAAAAAAAAAAGAUGCCAACUUGCAUUGGUCAGGGAAAUUUCCCAUCUAUUGCUCCCCACCAGGGUGAAGUUCAGAUUGGAUCACCCUAAAAAGCAUUGUAGAUUUCUUAUGACCACUUUGCAUUUCCAUGAUUAAACAAGUUGAAUAUUUUUAUCGUUCUUCCAUCUUUUGGGACUAAAAUAGUGACAUUUAAAAGAUAAUAAAAUAGAAAUAAUUAUUUUUGUCAUGAAAGCAACUAUUUUGCUCAUUCUUUUCCUUUUCUCAGAAUAAAAACCAUUAAAUCUGUGCAGUGUUAUGGUUUGCUUAUUGGAAGUAAAGAAAGAAAAAUGAAAUUCUAAACCCUGAGCAGAUAGAUCCGCCAGGUAUAGUUUAGAACGUAUUUUUUUACUUAGCUGUGAAUAGUUGUUUCACCAAGCAUUGCCUCAGUACAAGUAGCCUUACUUGUCCCCCAGUGUGGUGGCUCUUCUAAACUUUACAAUUGUUUAAUCCUAAAAUUUAGCCUCAACCCCCCACCCCACCAUGGGAUUUUCGUGGGGAAAUUUUUCCAAAAUUUCUAUCUUGCUUCUUCCCUACAAGCUUUAGUUCAGAGCUGUCUUCCUCACUGGAGUGCUUGGGGCCGCCAUGUUUGAGGCGGACUCUCACUGUGGAACAGUGGCUUUCUUUGGAGACAUUCUCUUGUAAGAAAGGCCCAAGGUAAUCCCUUUCAUUUGAUUUCCUUUAUCCCUGGGCAACAAGGCAUUUACUCAAAGAAGUUGGUGGGAAAAUAGCUUCGAUUUCUCUUCUCAUUCAUGUAUCCUCUCUCCUACCAUCUCCCAUUCUUCCUCUUUGAAUUUUGUUGAAAGUUGCUUUUGCUCAGCCCCACCUUAAAGACUUUUUUCUUUACUCUUUCAUAAUUACUUUUCACCCAAUAAUGGCAGAGUGGGGUUCCCUCCUCCCCCCCUUCCGUCCAGAUCAUCGUAUUUUCCAUGUUGCUAAAUGGAAAUGCUGCACACGUUUUUGUUUUUAAGACUGGACACUUAAUAGUCUGUAGAAGAUUACCUCAUCCACAGAGGGGAAAAAAUGACAGCAGCUCAGUCAUCUGAUUCAAGUACUGCAAUUUUGUAGGCUCUUAUCUAAUGUGCACUCAUGUAUAGGUUAUAAAACGUUUUCAAGUGAAAUUGAUUGUUCAGUACUUAUUUAACCAUUGUCUUGAUUUUUUUAAAUUAAAAUGUAUAUUUCUAUUCAUAUUUUUUAAAUCAGAGGGAACUGGCAGAGCGAAUGUUUAUUUUCCUUAAGGUAUUUUUCAGGUAAAGCUUCAUAAAAAUGUCUUGUAAACUAGCUAGUUUAAUAAGUAUUGUCUUAUUUGGAAACCUUGUGUAUUGUCAUUGAUUUUAUACAAAAUGUUAAAUAGUGAAAAUUGUAUGCCCAAAGUUAUGUACAAUUAAAACUAUUAACCAGAA